AGGCGGCCGAGAGCGAGGCUGCGGCGCCUGUCGCCUCUGCUCCGCCCCCUCCGCCUCCUCCUCCGCCGUCGCGGCAGCCGCCGAGGCCCGGAGGGAGAGUCACGUCCCCGCCCGCCGCUUCGCCAGUCGGACCCUCAGUGUCGCCCUGUGAGGAGUCAGCCGAGCGGAUCUCUGCGCGGACACCCGAGCCGCUGCCGCCCCUCUGCAGGUGCCUGUGAGGAGGCCCCCGGGCCGCUGCCGCGUCCGGAGCCCGCCGGCCGCGCACUCGCUCCCCGCGCUCCCGGGGGUCGGCCCGGCUGGAGGAGGCCGCCGCGGGGCCCGGCCUCAGCAUGAACCGCAGCCACCGGCACGGGGCGGGCAGCGGCUGCCUGGGCACCAUGGAGGUGAAGAGCAAGUUUGGAGCAGAAUUUCGUCGGUUUUCACUGGAAAGAUCAAAACCUGGAAAGUUUGAGGAGUUUUAUGGAUUACUGCAACAUGUUCAUAAGAUCCCCAAUGUUGACGUUUUAGUGGGCUAUGCAGACAUCCACGGAGACUUACUACCUAUAAAUAACGACGAUAAUUAUCACAAAGCUGUUUCAACGGCCAAUCCACUGCUUAGGAUUUUUAUACAAAAAAAGGAAGAAGCAGACUACAGUGCCUUUGGUACAGACACACUAAUAAAGAAGAAGAAUGUUUUAACCAAUGUGUUGCGUCCCGACAACCACAGGAAAAAGCCACAUCUAGUCAUUAGCAUGCCCCAAGACUUCAGACCUGUGUCAUCUAUUAUAGAUGUGGACAUUCUCCCAGAAACACAUCGUAGGGUCCGUCUUUACAAAUACGGCACCGAGAAACCCCUAGGAUUCUACAUCCGGGAUGGCUCCAGUGUCAGGGUAACACCGCACGGCUUAGAGAAGGUCCCAGGGAUCUUCAUCUCCAGACUUGUCCCCGGAGGUCUGGCUCAAAGCACAGGACUAUUAGCUGUUAAUGAUGAAGUUUUGGAAGUCAAUGGCAUAGAAGUUUCAGGGAAGAGUCUUGAUCAAGUGACAGACAUGAUGAUCGCAAACAGCCGCAACCUCAUCAUAACAGUGAGACCAGCAAACCAGCGGAACAACGUUGUUAGGAACAGUCGGACCUCGGGCAGUUCCGGCCAGUCCACGGAUAACAGCCUUCUUGGCUACCCCCAGCAGAUGGAACCGAGCUUUGAGCCCGAGGAUGAAGACAGCGAGGAAGAGGACAUUAUUAUCGAGAACAAUGGGGUCCCACAGCAGAUCCCUAAAGCCGUUCCUCUUACCGAGAGCCUGGAAUCAUUAACGCACAUAGAACUCAGUGUGGGGUCUGGACAGAAUGGUUUUAUUCCUUCUAACGAAGUGAGCUUAGCACCCAUAGCAAGUGGCACAAAUACAGAAUUUGAAACGCGUGCUCCAGAUCAGAAACUCUUAGAAGAAGAUGGAACCAUCAUAACACUAUGAAACCAUUGUUGGACUGUUUUUUGUGUGAGGGUGCCAUGGGGACUUGUACAUUUGGCUAGUUUAAAGCAUAUAUACCUCUGAACCAGCGACUUGGAAUAGGCAUGAGAAAAAAUAUUGUAAGCUUAAAAUGUUAUUAAAAUUGUAGUUUGAUCAUUGCUAAUAUGAAUGUGGGUGGAUCAGAGGUGAAUUUAAGUCUAAAACGAAGGGGCCUUUGCUAAUGAUAGAUGUGCGUUUGCUAUUUUGUCUCUAGAGAACUGGAUGUUAGAGCACAUUCUCAGAACUAUGUGAGAGACUAGAUCUUUUCCGUCUGAAGUGGUUGCGUAUUUAACCUGCUGUGCAGAGCCCAGUUCAUUUUUUCUUUAACUAUAUUUUUAAAAAUUGUAAUGUGAAGACGUCUGAUUCUCUCUUCUGGUACCUUGGGGACCUCAGCUCCUAUGUUCCUGUAUUUUAUUUUGAUUUUUUAAAUGUUCUUCUGUUGUGAAUUUUAACUAAGUAAUGUUUUCAAGUGCUUUUUUUUUUCUUUCUAAUUUCUAAGAAAUCACACCGAUUGUUUUUAGGAGUUGCUUCCUAUGUUAUAAAGCAUUGAAACGAUGUUCCUGAAGUAAGAAACUAACCGUUGUUUAAGUUCAUGUUUGUCCAUCCUGUGCUUUUAGAUUUACAAACUCAUUCCAUGUGGGUGUAACUUAUUCUGAAAGGCAAUUCCAUGGACUCUGGGCACAUGGGAGACUCUCCCUUAACGUUAACCGGUUCUCAGCUGCAUUCCCAAUCUUACUGGAAAGCAUUCCUUUUGUUGUUUGUGUGUGUGUUUUUUUGGUGUGCUUUUAUACUCUUGUAAUGUAUUUGAGUAGUGUGAAUCAUUUUGGAUAAAAAAUGCACCCAAAUUAAGAGAUUUUUACACACAGGACAAACUUGUGCACUUUUUAUAUGAACAAUUUGGGUUUCCUUAAUGGGAUUUCUAGGAACACUGCCUACACUUUAUGAAAAUUAUAUAGUAUUCACCUUUGACAGGUAGAGUUUAUUGCUAUUAAUUUUAUGAGGCUAUUUAUUACUUUCCAAUGCAUCCACUUAGAACAAGUUACGAGUAAGGCUGCUAACCUUCAGUCCUUGCCUGAUUUCACUGUACAUUGUGCCCAAACACUACAGUAUGUUUGUACAUAGAAACUGAGACGAGGAUGAAGUACAUAAGUUCCCUGUGGCUUAUGGGUAUUUCUCUCAGAGUUAUUUAUUAAUUAAUUUUAUGGUAGGGCUAGUAUGGAUACCUUUAUAACAAUUGUGUGCUAUUAAAACAAUGAAGAAUCAAAGGACUCCGUUUUGAAGGAUAUUUUCACUAUAUGGUCAAAGUAUAUGAAGAAGUAAAGUCUGGAUUAAAUGAAGCUCACUUGACUCAGAAUACUUACAUGUAUUUUGUUCACAUGACCACUAAACAUAUUGUCACUAAACUAUUAACUGCACAACAUGUAAUACAAUGUACUUUUUGUUGAAUUCACCCAAGUUCUUCCACUUCUGUACCACUAUUUUUUAAUGGCAUUCCAGCUUUAACAUUCUGUGAGUUUUGUAAAUUUGGCUCUUGAAUGGCAAAAAUGUUACUAUGUAGAAGGUUAAAUUUCAUUUAUAUUAUAAGCGGUGCAGGGGUUCAACAUUUUAAGUAAAAAUACUUUCACACACUACCUCUCUCUCUUUUUUUAAACAAAGUUUUAACAUCAGAACUUUUCUCAUGGGGAAAAAUACUACAGGGCUUGACUUUUUGUACAAAUUUUAACUGUAAAAUACAGAUUUUUCUUGUAUGUAUUCAUGAAAGUAGAAAUCAAAGCUGCUAGUGCUUUUUAUUUUAAUUAUCCUACUAAGGGUAUAUGUCAGUGGUGUUUUCAACUAGAGCUCUCAUUUAAAUUAUUGGUAAAAUAAUUGAUUACUAGACGUAUUGUAGAACCAAUAGAUUUUGGUUAUACAAUAAAAUGUCAAUUCAUUGGUAGUCUGAAUUAAUUCAAGUGUAUCUUAUUAACAAAAAUAUCAGUGGAUUCAGCAUAAAAUUUUAUAGUACUUAAUGUCAAGCCUAACUGUGAAUUUUGUUCUGUAUCUUUAAGUAAAUUUAUGAUAAUGUUCUCAUGCGCUAUCAACAAAAUAUAUGUACUUUUAUGAACUGAAUUUUCU